CCGCGUCCAUAUAAAUCUCACGGGUGUUCGAAGCUUCAUACUCUCUCUGUCUCGAGGAAAACUUCAUGGCUCCUCUCCUCAGGCUUCCCUUGCAACACCAUUCCAUCUUACCCCACACUCGCUUUCCAACCAUAUUUCCAAACCUCAAUUUCAAGCGUUCAAUUCUCUCCCACCCUCGCUCACUAACCAUUCGAUGCAACCAUACCCCAUCUCGCAAGACCGUCAGAAUCUCCGAUCCUUCUCCAAUCUACACCUCUGUUAACUCUUUUGCACCCGCUUCAAUCGCCAACCUCGGCCCCGGCUUCGAUUUACUUGGCUGCGCUAUCGAUGGAAUCGGCGACACGGUCACUAUUCGCAUCGAUCCGGCCGUCCUUCCUGGCUCCAUUUCCAUCUCCUCCAUCAGCGGCUAUGACUCCGAUAAACUCAGCUUCGAUCCCCUCUCAAAUUGCGCUGGGAUCGCUGCAACUGCCACCAUGCGUAUGCUUGACAUCCGCUCGGUGGGACUUUCAUUGUCACUCAAUAAGGGCGUGCCGCUCGGUAUUGGACUCGGUUCUAGUGCUGCCAGUGCAGCUGCGGCUGUUGUCGCUGUAAAUGAACUAUUCAAUGCGCCAUUACUAAAAAAGGAUCUUGUCUUUGUUGGGUAUGAAUCGGAGUUGAAGGUUAGUGGGGUACCCGCUGAUCAUAUCGCCGCAGCAAUCAUGGGCGGGUUUGCGUUCAUUAUCAACUAUGACCCGCUUUACGUGUUCAAUCCACCAUUCCCGGCCGCUGCUAAGCUGUACUUCGUCCUUGCCAUCCCAGAAUUCGAGUCACCCACGAAGAGGAUGCGGGCUCAGCUGUACAAGGAGUUUAGGUGCGACGGUGCCAAGAUGUAUUACCAACCACUUUCCGGGCUAGUGACUGCUGUGGAUCAAGGGGAUGUGCCGCUACUAGGGGAUUGGCUGUCCUCAAAAUGGUAUGUGGAAUCUAGCAUGAUACCAGGGGUUGUUGGCGUGCAGAGUGCUGCUUUAGAGGCAGGGGCAUUCGGAUUUACCAUCAGCGGGGCGGGUCCCACAGUAGUUGCAGUGACGGAUGAUGAAGACAAAGGGAAAGAGAUCGGGGCAAGGAUGGUUGAUGCAUUUUGGGAGAAAGGGAAACUGAAAGCAUCGGCAACGGUUCACAGAGUUGAUCAAGUCGGUGCAAGAAUUAUUUUUUGAAGCAGUUUCCAUGAUGAAUCUCUAACGUUUUUUUUUUUUUUGCCUUUUCAUCUGUUUGAUCUCUAUUUCCCUUAUGAUAUUUGAGGUGUGCAUCUCUCUCUCUCUAUCCCCAGGCUCUGUUCUGUUUCUACAGAGAAUAAUAGCUCGUUUCUGAGUUUGGGUCUUGAAACUA